AUGGUCGUCAUUGCGAUGGCAACAAAGUGCUCAAGCGAAGAAGUGUCGCUUUCUGUGGUGACUUUGAAGCUUGGCGUGCCGCUGGUAAUCUCGGAGACGUUGCUGAUAAUGACGCUGUAUCCGGAUGAGAUAUUCGAUAGCCUGAUUGGUGAUACACAAGUUUUCAGCGAAUUAUUCGAUCCCGAAGUAGAACAAUCUUUUGGGGUUACAGAAGCACAUGUAGUACAUUCUCAUGGUGAUGUACCGCCACCGAGACGCCGAACCAUCUUUGCUGCUGAUUCUUAA